AACAUAUUUGCAUUUCCUGUCAAAACGUCUAAAAUUAUGAUUUUGGCUAACAAAUUCUGCUUCUGUAUAACUUUGCAAAAGGGAUGUAUACUGAUUGCAUUGAUUGGAAUAUUUUUGGCUGGCAUGAACAUAGACUAUAUGCUGCUUGGUUUAAAUAGAACUUAUUUCCGAGAAACGCACCAUAAGUUCCCAGAACGACUUCUCUACACUUUCUUACAAAUGAUACCGGAUUUGUUAACCAUCUUGGCAUCGUGCAUACUAAUAUUCGCAAUCUUAUCGCAAUAUUGCUGGCUGUUUUGGACAACUCUGUUGGUUCAAGCAUUUCAGGCAGUCUACUUUGUUAUUAUCAGCAUUAUUUCAGCAUUAAUCGGUUCGAAUUUAAUCAUAAAUGAGAGUAUUUGGCACAAUUUAACCUAUUGGAUUUACGUUCUCUUUUGGCUAGCACUGACAGCGUAUUUCAUGUAUAUAAUAUAUUCAUACUACCGUCAAAUAACAGCAAGAGAAACUGAAAAUAUUGUGGAGGGACUGGAGUGAUACUUUCACUAACUAACUUUA